AAGCUCAUUGGCUGAGUUCUAACCAAAUUACCUCUUCACCCAGUUCGCUCCCCCUUUGCCACCUGAAGUUAACGCUGUCGAUUUUUGCUAGGGUAUAGCGCUACCUCGAUCAUGACCAGGAUUGCUUCCGUUCCGCUGGCAUUUGAAUUCUUUACGUAAUAUGUAUUAGAGCUGGUAACUCCCCUCGACUGCUGCGGCCAACUCUCGACCUCAACUUUCAAUUAAUCUUCAUAAAUGUGUCAUUUCACCGACGCCGCAAUGCUAACUACUCUAUUCGAGCUAGCAUAUUUACACCAAGGAGGUGUUCCCGAUGAUGGAACGACUAGUGCGAAGGGUACCUCGCAUGCAUGUGGCGCGCGCGGCAACAGUCCUGCAGCACCCAACGGAGCAACGGACACAGGUGAUUUAGGACAUCACUGUGACCUGCCUAGGGAUGUUCUACCAUCGAGUUCUAAGUGCCUCGUAUUCCAUGAGGGAGAGCAAAAAAGCUGGAAACAUAUAUUUUUCCGAAGAGGAGACACCAGUGUAAGCCCCGGCAAUGCCCACGCAAGUUACUGGAGAAUACGUCCAGCAAAAGAGAUGGUGGGACAAGAAAGUUGGUCGCAUGAAAAGUUACUGCCAUGUGUGUUGACAUGCAACUUAGUAAUCGAGAUUGUCGUUGGGCGGGGUAGCCAGCCCAUGUUAAUUGGCAUGCUCGUUAUAAUGCCAGAGCAUGACAGCUCGCAAUCAGGCAAUGCAAAAUCGGAUAUGAACGCUGUAGCCUUAUGUAUUGGGUAUCGGGUAUUUGAGGAACCACUACCGCUGGACGGCUAUAUGCGGAAGGGAGCACAGCACAUCUUGUUGCCAUUAGUGAUGGGAAUCCGUUUGCGUUCGACAAAGUCCUCCCUCCACUAACGCGGGAGUCGGGGAUAUCUGGUUGAUCAUAGUUUACAUGGUAACUUACAGAAAAUUGUACAUAGCAUCUCGUACAAUUCCAUGCAAGCCGAUCCAUGACUGCCAUGGCACUAAAUAUCCACGACACGAGCCAUCCAAGCAUCUGGCUGUUUGGUUUCAUUGCCUUGCGAAUGUUACGGAGGAUCAUCGCCGGCCCGCUACCUCGGUGUCUGGCCAAAAUUGUGGGUCAUGUACCUAGUAAGACGGUGACGAAUGAAAGCGCGAUUGAGCUCUUCAAGUUGCAUAGUAGUAGACAUACUUCCUAAGAUUAUUUAGGUGCGUCCUCGAGAAAAUUGAUUGGGAUGGACCUUAGGAGCACGCCUAAUCGAUGCCUAAUGGUGCACUGGAUGCCUGAACUCG